UCACCACAAGAUAAUUAGAAUUCGAUUCUUGAUUUGUAAAUGUUGAAGUAGGCAUUCAUCACCACGUGUCUUCCACAAUUGCCACUACAAAUCCCCCCUCUCAUUAAUUUCCUGAAUUCGCACCUUAUAAUAAAAAACGAUUCACUGCAUAUGCAUUUUAAUCUUUAACCCAUAAAAAAUCAAUGGCUUUUUCUUCAAUUUUCAGUUCUCCUUUACCCUCAUUAUCAAUUUCAAAUGCGAAAACUCGCCCUAAUUUACUUCCUUCUAUGGUUCUUCACUCAAUUUCCAGAAAAUUAGCACUUGGGUCUUUCAAUUCAUCAUUUUUUCAAGAUGGGUUUUCUCUAAAAUCAUCAAAUAUUGAUGGGAUUUCUGUGAAAUCAAGGAAUUUUUCUUCUGGGGUUUAUGCUAGAGCAGCUACAGAGAAAACUAUCCAUGACUUUACAGUAAAGGAUAUUGAUGGAAAAGAUGUUGCUCUGAGCAAAUUCAAGGGGAAGGCUCUCCUAAUUGUCAAUGUUGCUUCACAGUGUGGGUUGACAUCAUCAAACUAUACGGAACUCUCACAUUUGUACGAGAAGUACAAAACUCAGGGCUUUGAAAUUCUAGCAUUCCCGUGCAAUCAAUUUGGAGGCCAAGAACCUGGAUCAAACCCUGAGAUUAAAAGUUUUGCAUGUACAAGGUUCAAAGCUGAAUUCCCCAUUUUUGAUAAGGUGGAUGUGAACGGUUCAAACACAGCUCCAGUUUAUCAGUUCCUUAAGUCGAGUGCUGGUGGGCUUUUUGGUGAUUUGGUCAAGUGGAACUUCGAGAAGUUCCUGGUUGACAAAAAUGGCAAGGUUGUAGAGAGAUACGCACCUACAACAUCCCCUUUGCAAAUCGAGAAAGACAUUCAGAAGUUGCUGGCAGCAUAAAAGUUCAUAGUACAGAUCAAAAAGAGGAGAUAAGCGCGGUAUAGUUUCAUCAGUGACGAAUAAUAUUGUUUUCUUCAUAUUUUCCUUUGAAGAAAUGACUUAUGGAUACUUGUAAACCUACCAAAGUGAAAUGUAAUCCCAAUACUUAAACUGAUUUACCUGGUCUGUGGAUCAAGAACAGCUAGCACAUAUCAAUGGCGCGAAAUUUUUUCUUUGAUGUUGUAAAUGGGUUUCUUUAUCUCCUUA